AAAUCUUCACAAAAAAACGUCACAAUUCUUAAUAUUUUUCACGGCUUCUAAUCUUCUUAUAAACACUCGUUUAUAGUCACUGACGUGCAGGAUUUAUUUAUGUCAAGCUCUAUGACUUACAGGAUGAAAUACCCAGUGAACACUUUUAUGGCUAAUAGUGUCAUGAAGAAAAAUAUCAGAACUGUUCCAGGGGAAAUUUUCCUCAGCUGACGACUCACUCUCUAGGUAGGCUACUUCUGGCUUUCUUUAUGUGUACCUUUGCUGCGACGCAGUUUUCUUCCGUAUUGGUCUGUUGUCUUUGUUAGCAGCCGCUAGCAGGUUUCCCUCAGAGCCGCCAUGUCGGUCACCACGAGUGUCUUUUCUGUCGCGAUCUUCUCACGCGGCUCGUCUUUCGGCUUUACUCGAUUUUUGACUAUGUCGAGCAAGUCUUUUGACUUGGAUGACAACAUUGUGAGGUCCAACAUGGAUAAAAAGUUCUGUGCUCAUCAUGAUGCUGUUGAGCAAGAGCUAAUGCCAAGCACUGGGGACAUCCCAGUUAAGAAAACGAGGCUUGGGAGAAACCCUGAUGUCGACACCAGCUCUCUCACAGACAGGGAAAGAGAGGGAUCCCCAGAAUGUGAGUAUUGCAGGAUCAGUAAAGGUGAUGUUGAAACUACACUUGGCUUCACCUCUGCUGGUCUCUUUGCAGGUUGUAUGCCAUGGCUGUGUCAUUCUUUUUUAGGUCUACAAAAUCCUGAGGUGUGCAAGCACUAUGUUCAUGCUCCACUAUGUUCCUGCUCCACUAUGUUCCUGCUCCACUAUGUUCCUGCUCCACUAUGUUCCUGCUCCACUAUGUUCCUGCUCCACUAUGUUCAUGCUCCACUAUGUUCCUGCUCCACUAUGUUCAUGCUCCUCAGAAUAUCGCCAUUGAGUUUGUGGAAAGUCAAAACUUUUACAAAAUGUUUCUGUUCAUGCUAUUGAUAAUCAAUUUAAAUACUAUAACAUAUAUUCUAUAAUAAUUAUUUGUUACUCACUAAAUAAUUAACAAAUAAUAACUACUUUGUUAGCUUUUUCUGUCAAUGUGCUGCAGGUAUUGCUUUUUUGCGUGGUUUCCAGGUUUCACUCGAGACUUUAGAUGGCACUCAGAUCGCAUGUCAGCUCUUACUCCUUCAGAAGAAUACAUCACUUUCUGCUGUUCAUGUUCAUACAGCAAAUCAUGAACCAAAUAAGCAGAUAAAACACUAGAUUUGUCCAUUAAAUGUGUAUAGCAAUAAACUUUCAAAUCUA